AUGCGUGUCGGCCUUGUGCCUCUCUCAUUAUAUAGCAAGAGAGCACUAGUCCGUCUACAUUUUCAUCGCUUAAUCCAAUUCCAACGCUGUAUUAUGAGUGUAUCUGCACCGCUGGAUAAGCGAAUAAAUGGAACGCAGCUUGCUGGUUCCAUUCGACAAUCCGUUGCGGAACGUGUCAGGUCACUCAAGGAAAAGCACACCGGUUUUCAACCGCGACUCAGCAUCAUUCAAGUGGGUGAAGAUGGCGCUUCAUCCACAUACAUUCGUAUGAAGAGCAAUGCGUCAGCUCAAUGCGGUAUUCGUGCGGAUCACAUCAAGUUACCUGCUGGUUCAACGGAGGCGGAGAUCACAAAUAAGAUCCGCGCCCUGAAUGAAGAUCCGAGUGUGGAUGGUAUUCUAGUCCAGUUGCCUCUCGGUGACCACAUCGACUCGGAAGCUGAGCGACGGAUCACUGAGGAAGUCACUCCUCGCAAAGAUGUGGAUGGAUUCCACACGAUUAAUAUUGGGCAAUUGGCAUCCAGAGCCUGUAACCCUCAGUUUGUGCCAUGUACGCCCGCUGGUAUAUUGCGUCUCCUCGAGACAGUCUGCUCUAAUGACCUAUCUGGCAAGUUUGCAGUCGUAAUGGGCCGCAGUGAUAUUGUCGGUAACCCAGUGUCUCAUUUGCUUCGUUCGCGAAAUUGCACGGUGACUCAGAUGCACAGAUACUCGACCAAUGUGCAGGAAAUUCUGGCUAUGGCUGAUAUUGUGGUUGUCGCCAUUGGACAGCCUGGUUUUGUGCAGGGCUCCUGGCUUAAGAAGGGAGCUGUGGUUAUCGAUGUCGGUAUCAACUAUGUGCCUGAUGCCACCAAGAAGUCGGGUGAGCGCCUUAUAGGUGAUGUUGACUUUGCAUCCGCGUUACCCGUCGUGAGCGCCAUCACGCCUGUGCCUGGUGGUGUGGGCCCUAUGACCGUCGCUAUGCUGAUGGAAAAUGUUCUCAUUGCUGCUACACGCCGCGCCGAGUAUGAAGCCUCGCAUCCACGCGGAGUCACAACCUUAAAUCCGCUCACAAUCCAACGCCCCGUGCCUUCUGAUAUUGAGAUCGCACGUGCGCAGGUGCCGAAAACACUCAACACACUGGCUCAAGAGAUUGGUAUACUACCUAGUGAACUGGAGCAGUACGGUAACACAAAGGCCAAGGUCUCGUGUGAAAUAUUAGACCGCCUUUCUUCUCGCGUGAAUGGAAAGUACAUUGUCGUGGCAGGUAUCACGCCGACACCGCUUGGUGAGGGCAAAUCCACCACGACUAUUGGACUGGCUCAGGCUUUGGGUGGUCAUUUACGGCGACCCGCCUUUGCUUGCGUCCGUCAGCCAUCUCAAGGACCCACAUUCGGCAUCAAGGGUGGGGCCGCUGGCGGUGGAUACUCGCAAGUUAUUCCUAUGGAAGAAUUUAAUCUGCACUUGACGGGUGAUAACCACGCGGUUAUGGCAGCAAACAACUUGCUGGCUGCAGCUAUUGAUACACGUAUGUUUCAUGAGGCUACUCAAAGUGACACUGCUCUGUACGACCGAUUAACCCCGUGUCAGAAAGGCGUCCGUAAGUUUGCGCCUGUGAUGCUCAAGCGAUUGCGUAAGCUGCAGAUUCAUAAGACUGAUCCAGAUGCUCUGACGGAAGACGAGCGCCGCCGCUUUGCGCGUCUUGAUAUUGACCCGGCCUCUGUGACAUGGCGUCGUGUCGUCGAUACCAAUGACCGGUAUUUGCGUCAGAUUACAAUAGGCGAAGCACCUACUGAAAAGGGCUUCACGCGCAAAACAGGCUUCGAUAUAGCCGUGGCGUCAGAGUGCAUGGCUGUGCUAGCGCUCAGCCGCGAUUUAUCGGAUCUGCGUGAGCGUCUCGGAAAUAUGGUUAUCGGUUCAAACAAGCAGGGUGAACCGAUCACAGCUGACGAUCUUGGCGUGGGUGGUGCGUUGGCCGUGUUGAUGCGCGAUGCAAUUAAGCCGAACCUGAUGCAGACUCUUGAGGGCACGCCUGUAUUUGUCCAUGCUGGUCCAUUUGCCAAUAUUGCUCACGGAAACUCAUCAAUCCUCGCUGAUGCCAUUGCUUUGAAGCUCGCUGGACGCGAGGCGGAUGAACCAGCUGAGAGUGCGGGUUAUGUGAUUACUGAGGCAGGUUUUGGUGCCGAUAUUGGCAUGGAAAAGUUCUGUAAUAUCAAGUGCCGCGAAAGUGGAUUGGUACCGGAUGCCGUUGUGCUCGUAGCAACGGUGCGUGCACUAAAGUCGCAUGGCGGUGGUCCAGACGUCUCGCCAGGAAAGCCACUCAGCAUUGUGUACACAAAGGAAAACAUCGAACUUCUCGAUAAAGGGUGUGGAAAUUUAGCGAAACAUAUUCAGAAUGCCAAGCAGCACGGUCUCAAGGUGAUUGUGGCAGUUAACAAGUUUGCUACUGACACUGAGGCCGAGUUGGAUUUGGUCGCGAAGCGCUCAUAUGAAGCAGGGGCGGACGCUGCCAUACCGUCAGAUCACUGGGCUAAUGGUGGAGCGGGAGCUGUCCAACUCGCUGAGGCUAUCGUGGAACUGCUGCAACACAGCGAAUCGCAGUUCAGGUUCCUUUACGACCUCGAUCAGCCCAUCGAGGCCAAGAUUGAAAAGAUUGCUCGCUGCAUGUACGGUGCAGACGGAAUCGAAAUCACACCAGAGGCUCAAAAUCAGAUAUCUACUUAUACCCGCCAAGGGUAUGCACACUUACCUAUCUGCAUGGCCAAGACACAUCUCUCUCUUUCGCAUGACCCUGCGUUGAAAGGCGUGCCGACUGGAUUCACGGUGCCUAUACGCAGUGUGCGUCUUGCUGCAGGAGCUCGAUUCUUGUAUCCUCUUUGCGGUGCAAUGCAAACCAUGCCCGGCCUCAACACCCGUCCCGGUUACUAUGACAUUGACCUAGAUGACCAAGGACAAGUCAUGGGAUUGUUCUGA